CUUCUUCAUCUGCUGGUCUGCCCUGUGUCUCUCGAUUCGUGUGUUUCUUAGCGUGCGCGUGCAAGUCUCGUUUUGAAUGUUUUGAUUUGUUUCGUUUUUGUUUUACCAAAUUUUUGGUUUUACUUCUGACAAGUUUUCCCGCUAUCCGGAAGAAUGCUACAACUAUUCCCAAUUCUGUUUCUGCCACUUCUGCUAUCGGCACUGGUACUGGUACUGCCACAGGAGCGCGCAGUAUUGGCCGAUGCCGAUACCCAGGCGGCGGCUGCCUGCAGCAGCCUGCAACGGGCCGAAAUUGAGCGGCACUUGUCCACCAAGACACCCUAUAGGGUUAUAGCUAAUUAUGAUGAGACGCCGCCGCAGUACGCGGGCUGCCACCCUACUCGAAUCUGGUCGGUCAUUCGCCAUGGCAGCCGGAAUCCCAGCAAAAAGGUCAUAUUGCGCGCCCAGCAGCGUCUCGUGGAGUUGCAGCAGCGCCUGCUCAGCCAGCCACAUCCUAAUCUCUGCCCAGCCGAAAUGAAGCAGCUCCGUGAAUGGAGCUGGGGGCAUUUGAACGCCGCCGAGGAUGAGAAGCUGCUGGUGGCCGAGGGCGAGGAUGAGCUGAUAGAGCUGGCCGAACGCAUGCAGUUGCGCUUUCCCUCGCUAUUGCCGGACAUGUACGACCCCGCCUGGUAUUACAUGAAGUACACGGCCACCCAGAGGACGCUGAAGAGCGCCCAGAGUUUUGCAACGGGUCUGUUUGGCCGUCAUCGCAUACACGCGGUGCGUUAUCCCCGGCCUGUGUAUCGGGAUCCUGUGCUUAGGUUCUAUAAACUCUGCGACAGAUGGAGAACUGACGUCGAUAAGAAUCCCGAAACUUUUAUUAAUGCACGCCGGUUCACCGAAGAGCCGGAGAUGCAGUCAGCAGUGGAGCAUGUGCGGGGCAGCACCCAGCUGCCGGACUUGGGGCCCGAGGAUGUGGAGCUUAUGUAUAUGGUAUGCGCCUUCGAGACAUCCUGGCAGCGUCGACGGCAGCGCGAAUCGGUCUGGUGCAGCUUCUUCGAUGUGGAUGCCUUGAGGGCCUUGGAGUUUGCCAAGGAUCUGGAGUACUAUUGGAACGAUGGCUAUGGCUAUGAGCUGACCCAUCGCAUUGCCUGUCCGGCGAUAGCAGAUAUGUUUUCGGCCAUCGACCCAGUGUCCCAGGCCAUGCCCCGGGCCAAUGCCACGUUCUACUUCACCCAUUCGGGUACACUGCUGAAGCUGCUGGCCCAUCUCGGCCUGGCCAAGGACAAGGAGGCACUCACACACAAGCAUUUUGGCAGCGAGCGUCUCUGGCGCACCAGCGAAAUCGAUGCCUUUGCGACCAACUUGGCUUUUCUGCGCUACGAAUGCGAGCAGGAGCCGCCUCGUGUCCUGGUGCUGCACCAGGAGCGUGCAGUCCGCCUGCCAGGCUGCCCACAAGACGAGGACCUGUGCCCGCUGGCCACGAUACGCCGCCUAUAUGCGGACAGUGUGGAGCGCUGCGACUUUGAGGCCCUCUGCCAAGUCGACGACACCAAAUGAGAUGCCUGCCUGCUGCUGCUGCUGCUGCUGCUCCGAAGCUCUGCUGCUCCGCUGCUCUUCUGCCACAGUGCAGAACUUUGUGAAGGGAUUCAUCGGAGUGUUUAAAAUUUAAUAGAUUGCAGAUGGAAUAGAUGCGAAUUGGAAGAAUUGGAAGUGAAACCCCAAUUGUAGGGUUAGUUUGUAAGAGAGACAGAUCACAGAGUGGAGUUGGUCGCAGAUCUGUGUGUUUUGGAUGCCUUAUAGUCAGUGGAUGGAUGAUAUAAUCCAAUCCAAUCCGUAAUGAACGAGGAUUAGAACCGAGCGAGAGUGAUAGACAGAGAGAGAGCGCGCGAGACAGAGAGAGAGAGAGAGAAAGAGAGGGGGAUAACCACAGCAGGAGUUAGAGCAGGAUGGAGAGUGAGAGCAAGGGAUUCAGAAUAACUACACUAUCCAACAUGCGUUACCAUCUAUCUAUCACUAUAUCUAUAUCUAUCUAUAACUACUGUCUGUUCUCCGACUGUCCCCUCCCCCCCCUAACCCCCUCCCUCACCGGCGGCUCUACAAAUCCUUCGUUUCUUUUUUCAAUAAUUUAGUUUUUUUUGUUGUUGUUAUUCACACUUAACCCCUACCCUACCCCUAUCCCCUUUUUGUACAUAAAUAACGAUGUCUUAGAUUUAAUUAAAUCUAGAAACCAUAGAACACACAAACGAAAACAUAGAUACAUACAUAUAUAGUUAUAGUACAUAACUUUAUUUAAGCAGAAAGUCAGACCUUUCCUUGGCCCCGCAGAAAACUCAAAACAAAAAAAACAAAAACUGUUGUGCGCUAAACCUGUGUUAUAUGUAAGGAACAAAUAGGCAAACGGGGCAUUUCGUGGUUCCCAAAACGAGAGGAUACAUUGUUAUUAUCGAUUCUGAGGUUAUCGUGGGGGGGGGAGGGGGGGGGGCGGGGAGAAAAUGUGUCACCCUUAGAGAAGUACACAAAGAGUCGGUAAAGAGAGUGACCCGACUGAGUGGCCAGGAGCUUCCGGAGACGUAGGCCCAGAGUGCCAGGCCCGGAGCUUGCUUGAGAGUGGAGCAAGAAAAUAUAUAUAUAGGUGUAUACCUACUAUAUAUAGUCCCAAGAACACCACUCUGUACAUAGCACUUAAAUCACUUUAAUCACUUUUGUCGUAAUUAUGUUUGUCCUAAAACCCACACAAAACAGUACAACUAAAAUACAACUAACAGAAAUUCUAGUUUAAAGCUUAA